AUGCAUGCAUUUCCCUCUCUUUUAGUUGCUUCUUACAGGCAACAGCAGCAGCUGCAGCAGCAGCAGCAGCAGCAGCAGCAGCAGCGGCAGUAUCACCUGCAGCAGCAGCAGCAGCAGCAUCACCUGCAGCAGCAGCAGCAGCAGCAGCAGCAGCAAAAGCGGCACUUUUCGCGUUUCACCCGUGGAGGUGCAGUUCGACCCCGUGGGGUGAGUGAGAGCUCAACUUUGUAUGCCGAGUGUCUUGAGGGUUUGCGACGCCAGCGGUUUGCGCUCGGCGAUGUUUUAAGCAGCAGCAGUCCGAGCAUUGAUGAGCUGUCUAAACAAGAAAAGCAAAUUAUUCAAGCCCUACUCAAGCAAGCAGAACGCUCUACUCAGGCUCAGGAGAAGGAGUCGAAGCAAACCCGUGCGAGAGAGGGUGCGGUAGAGACGGGGAUCCAUGCCUUCUGGGAUCCAAUGGCGCGGGUUGAGGGUUUAGAGGCGCAGGUAGCCGCAGACUUUGAAGAACUAACCCAGUUAGUGGGAGCAGCAGAGGCGCGUCGGCAGCGGCUGCUGCUGCGGCAGUCUUUGAAGCGAGCAGAGCGGUUGUAUGAUCCUCUUAGCAGCGAGCGAAGCCAGUACUUCGGGCAGCAGGAUGUAGAGGACCCCCCAGUGCCCCAUCGGCAGCCCGAGCGUUAUUGGGAUCCAAGUGAAGCUCUGCGCAGCGCUCUAAAAAAUAAAAACCUACCGAUUACCUGGAAAGAUUUGCAUUUAUUGGUUUAUAGCAGAUGA